AUGUCAAAGCCAACAGACCCUUAUGGAGACCAUGGCGGUUGGAAAAGCGGUGAAACCGGCGCUAAGAUUGGACAAAUCGCGCGAAACCUCUGGGACUCGUUCACAGACUGGGAACGCAAGAAGGAAAAUUUCCCAAGAAGCUUAACCCAACGCCUGUGGCAGGAGUACCCCGGUUGGAACAUUGCAGUAUUCCACCACCCGUUUACUGAGUACUAUUUUGUUAACGGAGCCCACCAUCACAUUGAAUUGAAAGGUGGACCUUUCGACUUAACUUUUGGCUAUGAGGUUUGGGUAUUUGAGAGUGGGUAUUUGUGUAGGUGGGGCCCCGGUGGUUGGAAGAAUUGGGCUUGUUUAGGUUAUCUUUACAGUCCCGGUACGGAGAGUCGGGUUAUUUUCACGAACGAAUAUGGAAACGCGAAGGCAGUCUGGAACGAAAUUAUGGAUGAGAAAGUGCACAUGAAUAAACCUCUCUUGCAGAGGCGAUGUGACGAAAAUUCCCGGAGAUUCAGAAACCCAUAUUGGGACUCUCACGAGUGGGCUAACUACGAGACCCACAGUGGUGACCUUCCCGAAAGACAUGACGAGAAACGGAGACCGUGGUGGAAUGAUAUUCCUGUACUACGAGAAAGGGUUGAUGCCAAGUUUGAGGAAAAGGUUGACGAUGAAAAUGACGAAGUCGUUUCCUAG